GAUUUAAUACAAAGUUAUCAUUCAACACAUAUGCAUAUUAACAAAUGUAUUUAAUUGCGUAUUAUCACUCGCUUGAAACACUCGUCUUUGUGAAAAAUAGUAAGCCAUUUAUACUGUAAUACGACAAAAUUUUGAUUGGGAAUAAAAAAUGGUGAAAAAUACAAUUGACACAGUUUCUGAAACAAUAGAAAAUGAGGAUAAUGCAGUGGAUUUGGAUCAAGCACUUUCUGUAGCCGGUAUUGGGUGGUAUAACAUACGAUACAGUUUGGCCUUGGCCCUCUUCCUUAUAUCUGCGAUUAUAGAUCCGGUCGGCUACUCGUAUUUGCUCCCAGCCGCCAAAUGUGAUCUACAGAUGACAGACGCGCAGCGUGGAGUCAUCGGCUCUAUCCCAUAUAUUGGUGUAGUUGCUACUUCAUUUCCAUGGGGAUAUCUUGUAGAUACUAAAGGAAGAAAAAAGACAGUUGUAUAUAGCUCACUAGCAGCCGGUUUAUUUGGUGUGCUCGCUGCUUUUAUGCCUGAUCUCACUAGUUUUACAAUUUUCAAACUUCUCUCAGCUUUUUGUAUAGCAUGUCCAGCCUCAGUGCCGUAUUCUUUUAUUGGGGAAAUUUUACCGCACAGAUACAGAGAUAUUACACUGUCAAUAACAAAUGCCAUGCAGAUAUCGGGAUCGGCUUUGGUGCCAUUACUAGCAUGGGCAAUACUACCACUCGAUUUCAGAAUUGACUUUGGUUUAUACUAUUUCCGACCCUGGAGGCUACUUACGAUAAUAUAUUCAAGCUUUUUUAUCUUAAGUGCAAUACUUAUGUCGUUUGGCCCGGAGAGUCCGAAGUACCUCAUUUCACAAGGCAGACAUGAUGAAUCAUUGAAAGUAUUAAGAACUAUAUACUCUGGAAACAAAAGAAAACCCGCAGCUGACUAUCCAGUGAAAAGGUUGAAAUUACCCGAACAGGACAAACAAAAGCAAACUUUUCUCAACUCAUUAGUACAACAAACAAUACCGUUGCUCAGGCCGCCCUAUUUGAAGGGGUUUAUACUAAAUGGAACUUUAUUGUUCGGAAUAUUUGCCACUCUAAAUGGCCUGUACAUGUGGAUACCAGAUAUCCUUAACAGAGUGCUCACCGGAGACAGUGCCGAUCUUACCGCGUGCGAAGUAAUUGCUCAACGGCUUAAUGAGACAGCUUCAGAAAACGCACAAUGUAACGAUUCCAUUGAUUCGAUGACAUUUGUGAUUAACACAAUUGCCAAUUUUUGUUGCGCCUUCAUUGCUCUCGGAUUCAGUAGUACUGUAAAAAUUCUGGGAAAGAAAACAUUACUGAUCCUAGUUUAUAUGUUGAUAGGAAUAUUCUGUGUACUUGUAAAUUUCGUUACACAAGACACAAUAUUUGCGAUAUUACUGUCGUCGUUACCUAUCACUGGGCUUGCAAUAGGCCCAAUAAAUGCUUAUGCUGUUGAAAUAUUUCCAACUAAUUUAAGGGGUAUGGCUAUUGGUCUUACGAUGAUGGUUGGUAGAACGGGUUCCAUUGUGGGUACGAAUGUUGCUGGCCUCCUGAUUAACGCCGUCUGCGAGCUAACUUUCUACAUUUUUGGAGGGAUGUUAAUACUUUGUGGCCUACUUUCGCUGUUGCUACCGAGGUCACGGAUAGAACCUAGACCAGCUAAAGAUAUGCCUUUAUAAUUUACCAGUGGCAAACUAACAGGGGGGCGGAAUGGGC